CUGAGCAGCAGAAGCUAGCCGAAUGCUAACGGUCUCUCAGUCGGUCAGAGCGCUCGCGAGCUGUUGAUCGGGCGCUUUAGAUCUCUGCUGUUUUUUACUUCUAGGUUUUUCUUUUUAUUUAUAAUUGUUUGUUAGCUUCAGAAAGAAAACAUGGUCGUUAAAGCAAGAAAAGCGGGCGCGAAGGAGCAGAAUGAGCGGAGUGACGGGAAGAGCAGGAGAGGGAGAGAGGGGAAGAGCGCGCAGCUGCACGGUAAAAACUCCGCCAUCAUCCGCCACAAACUCGGCCACACAUCCCCCCCGACCGCGCCGACACCAGCACCACCAGAACCACCGCUCCGCCUCCUCAGAGCUCUGUUCAUCUGCGCUCUCGCUCUUAUUGCAGGGUUUCUCCACUGGUACCACCUCUCCGAGCUGUUUGAGAAUGACCGGCACUUUUCCCACAUGUCCUCUCUGGAGAAGGAGAUGGCCUUCAGAACUGAAAUGGGUCUGUAUUACUCCUACUUUAAGAGCAUCAUCGAGGCUCCGUCCUUCCUGAACGGUCUGGGUCUGAUCAUGAACGACCGACUCACCGAGUAUCCUCUGGUCAUAAACACGCUGAAGAGGUUUAACCUGUACCCCGAGGUGGUGUUGGCCAGCUGGUACCGUGUUUACUCUACCACUAUGGAGUUCUUCAGGAUUCCUACUAAAAUGUGCUGGACCAUCAACAGAGGAGAAGAUCUGGAUCCUGUGGAGAGCUGUGAAGGCAUGGGAGAUCCUGCAUACUUCUACGUGACCUUUGUUUUCCUGUUAAACGGCGCCAUGAUGAGUGUGUUUUACGUCUACGGAGCCUAUCUGAGCGGCAGUAAGAUGGGAGGAGCGGUCACAGUGCUGUCCUUCUUUUUUAACCACGGCGAGAGUACGCGGGUGAUGUGGACUCCUCCACUCAGAGAGAGUUUCUCGUAUCCCUUCCUGGUUCUGCAGAUGCUCCUCCUCACUCACAUCCUCAGGACGAGGAACCCGAGCAGGAACAGCAUGGUUGCGCUGGGCGUGUCCACGGUCAUGUUCAUGUUGCCAUGGCAAUUUGCCCAGUUUGUCUUACUCACACAGGUGGCGUCUCUGUUUGCCUCCUACAUCCUGGGUUACCUGAGUCCAGCUAAGAUGCAGGCCCUACUGCUCACACACAUGGUGUCUCUGGGUGUGUGUUUCAUCCUCAUGUUCGGUAACUCCAUGUUACUGACGUCCUUCUACGCCUCCUCCCUCUUCUCCAUCUGGGGUGUAGUUGCUCUGAGGAAUCGGUUUGCGCAGAUGUUUACAGCUGGACUCCUCACAUGGGUGAUGCAGUGUGUGGCGUGGGGCGGGACUACAGUGAUCCUCAAGUUCCUGUUAGCGCUCGUAUUCGGGGCGUCGGAUGAUGCUCACAUCAGCAGUCUGAUCAAGUCCAAGUUCACCAGCUACAAGGACUUUGAUACGAUGAUGUACACCUGCGCAGCUGAGUUCGACUUCAUGGAGGUGGAGACGGUUCUGCGCUACGUUAGAACCCUGCUGCUGCCCGUGAACCUGCUGCUGGUUGCUGUUAUUGCUGUAAAGAUUCUAAAGGACGUGACGGCGUUCCUCAGACAUCGGGACAGCGCCGAGGCUCCAUCAGUCGACCAUCCGACGGAGAAGUUGGAUAAAGCAGUGUUGGUGUAUCACACUCUGCAGUUGGUAGCCUUUGCUGUUCUGGCUGUUCUCAUCAUGAGGCUGAAACUCUUCCUCACGCCACACAUGUGCUUAAUGACGUCACUGCUCUGCUCCAGACAGCUGUUCGGCUGGGUGGGUGAGAAAGUGAAGCAGCACGCUGCCGUGUUUAUAAUCGUGUCCAUCAUGGCGGUUCAGGGCGUGGCCAACCUGCAACAGCAGUGGAGCAUCAUGGGAGAAUUCAGCAACCUGCCACAGGAAGACCUGCUGGAGUGGAUCAAAGAGAACACACCAACGAAUGCAGUGUUUGCGGGUGCGAUGCCCACCAUGGCGAGUGUGAAGCUGUCAGCAGGCAGAGCCAUCGUUAAUCACCCGCACUACGAGGACGCAGGACUCAGGGAAAGGACAAAGCUGGUUUAUUCCAUGUACAGCCGGAAAUCAGUGGAACAGGUGAAGAGGAACCUGAUCAGUUUGCAAGUGGAUUAUUUCAUCCUUGAGGACUCGUGGUGCACCAGACGGACCAGGCCGGGCUGCAGCAUGCCAGAGAUCUGGGAUGUGGAGGAUCCGGUGAAUUUGGGUAAAACUCCGGUGUGUACGCUGCUGAGCCGAGACACGCAUCCUCACUUCAUCACCGUCUUCCACAACAACGUCUAUAAAGUGCUCAAAGUCCCCAAAGCAGCUACACACACCAGAUAACAACACGAUGGGGUGUGUGUGUGUGUGUGUGUGUGUGUGUUUAAAACGUAGCUGGGGUUUAUUUAAAAACCACUCAUCGCCAAGACCUCCGUGUGUGUGCGAGUGUGUGCAGUUGAGUGUGUGCAGUUGAGUGUGUGUGUGUGUGUGUGUGUGUGUGUGUGUGUGUGAGAGAGAGAGAGAGAGACUUUUCAGCUGUGAGUAUUUAUUCAUAAGGAACGUUGUUGCUGCUGUUCUUCAGCUGCGUGUCUUCAGAAGGAAGCGAUAGAACGUAUUUUCUGCGUCACUGUGAGAGAGGAAGUGACUUUCGCAGUCUUUAUUUACUCUCGUUUACUUCAACCUAAAGUCCUUAACUUGUACCUUUGCACAACCUUUUAUCAGAUAAAGAUCUCUCUCUCUCUCUCUCUUUUAACCAAGUCUGGAGUUGCUGCUUCCUGUUUCACGAGCGUUCAGUGUUAUCUUUCUUCCUCACUCCCUGUCUGCGAUGCAGCUCUGAGUCUCAGAGUCUUCAUUAACCGGGGGGGGGGGGGGGGGGGGGGGGGG